AUGGCGACAACGUUACCGCGGCCAUCCCGGCCUUCAGUCGGACCACCUAAUAUGGCCUUGCCAGCUCUACCAGUAAACAAGACGCGCAAAAGCAAAGGAAACCUCCCCACACAUUCAUCGUCGACCAAAUCAGCACCCGGAACCCCCAGAUCCGGCCUCCGAACACCCUCAACAAUGAGUCUGGCCCCUCCUGGUCCAGCACCAACAGCAGCACUCCCGCAACCGAAAGCUGUCUCGGGCGUCAACGGUGCAGGAAAGACCCUCCGCAAAAGCGUCAGCAUCAACUCUUUCCCACAACCACCAAGAGGCGACACACGUACACCAAGCGGUGUGCCACCUAGCCCAAGAACUUCAGAUAAGCCCAGACUGUCAAGGAAAUCGUCCAAACCAACGAAGGAAUCAAUGUACAGCACGAUCAGCUCCAGUACACCAAGCUUUCUCAACGGUAGCGGAGACGGAAAAUCUAUCAAUAACGUUCGCAUGUCGGAUGGUUUAAUCAGCAUUGCAUCACCGCCUCAAAGUCGCAGUUCUUCAGCACAGGAUUCAUAUUCAACCUCGGCUACAACGUACGACGAUCCUGCGGAAGGGCCAGCCUCGAAGCCCGACGCUUCCAACGACAAGCGAAUGUCGAAACAAGAUGGCAAAGGGAACAUCGUCGUGAGCGUACGAGUUCGGCCAGAUGCUAAUGGAAACAAUGGAAGCCCUGAUGGAGAAUGGAUGGUUGACGGCCGCAAGUCGCUCAUUUCAUUCAGAGGGAAGGAUGGCGGAGAUCAUUAUUAUGACAACGUUUUCACGACACAUGACCACAACUCUAGAGUAUACGACCACAUUGCGAAACGACUCGUCCGACGAGUUAUGGAAGGUUACCACGGCACCGUUUUUGCGUACGGUAUGACCGGUACCGGAAAGACGUUUUCCAUGCAGGGAACCGCUUCGUCACCGGGUGUCAUUCCGCUCGCCAUUACUGAUAUCUUUUCUUACAUUCGUGAAACACCCUCGCGAGAGUUCUUGCUGCGAGUCAGCUAUUUGGAAAUCUACAACGAGAAGAUCCAUGAUCUGUUGAGUAUGUCGACAUCGGGCGGAGCGCCGCAGCAGGAAGAGAUUAAGCUUCGGGAGGAUAGCAAGCGAGGUGUUUAUGCUACCCCGCUCAAGGAGGAGAUUGUGCAGAGUCCUACGCAACUGCUUCGUGUCAUUGCGCGUGGUGACCAAGCUCGAAGAACCGCCAGUACUCAGUUCAACUCCCGCAGUUCGCGAAGUCAUGCUGUUGUUCAGAUCGUAGUUGAGUCUCGAGAGAGAAUACCAGGCGGUCCCGUUGCGGGCGAAGGUAAACGUUCCGGUCUUCUGCCUGGCGGUGUCCGGGUAUCAACCCUGAGCCUGAUCGAUCUUGCUGGUUCUGAAAAGGCAGCUGAGUCGAAGGAGCGCAGACAAGAAGGAGCUCACAUCAACAAGAGUUUGCUGACUCUCGGAACUGUUAUCUCGAAGCUUUCAGAAUGGAAGGACAAGGAAGCCAAGGGUGGAGACAAGGAAGGGAAACAUCUUCCUUAUCGUGAUAGCAAACUUACUCGACUGUUGCAGGGUGCUUUGUCGGGAAACUCUUUGGUCAGUAUCCUUUGCACGAUUCAGAUUGGAGCUGGAAACAGUGCUGUUCUGGCCAACAACCACACUCUGGAAACGAUCAACACGCUCAAAUUCGCUUCGAGAGCCAAGAACAACCUUGUCAGCCAUGCAAAGAAGGCCGAGGAGGCUCUUGGUGCCGGCGGAGAAGGUGGAGCUAGGGUGCUGCUUGAGCGAUACCGCAUGGAGAUCACAGAACUGCGCCAACAACUGGAGACCCAGGCGAAGAAGAAGAAGAGUGACGUGGACGAGGAGCCGCUUCUUAACGAGGAGGAAGAGAAGGCUAGGGAAGCAGAGGCGGCAGAACGACACGAAGAACAGAUUCUUGAGAUGCAACUUGCUCGAACGGCACUCAAGGAACGAAUCGAUCAUCUCAACCGUCUCAUUCUUAGCUCUAAGUCGAUUGGUGUCAACUCGAACGGGUCGAUGAGCGCGCUCGGCCAAUAUUCGCGAUUCUCCCAAUUCUCGCAGAUCUCGUUGCCGGCGUCAAUCCGCUCGUCGGUUGCUACUUCUUCAGGUGCCAGGCCACUCAUGGAACGGACAGCGUCCAUGACAUCGGCAUCUUCAACGAUUGGCCGUCGCUCCAGUGGCGGCCUCAAGAAUUCCGGAGACGAGGCGCGACCUGAGACCGAGGAUGACAGUGCAGGAGAAUUUGGUGACGGCACUGCAUCUUUGACAGCACAGAAUCGUGCCCUGCAAGCUGAUCUUGUUGACAAGAACCGUUACAUUGCGACAUUAGAAAAGCGUCUCCUUCAAGCACGCCGUGCCAGCUCCAGUCGGGCAUCGGUUGGCUUUGCUGCUCCAAAUAAAGGGAUCAUGGUUGGUGAGGAUCAUAGUGUAUCUGCUGCGCUCCGUGAAAAGGAUACCGAGAUCGCGGAGCUACGAGCGAGACUGGACGAUAAGGACAGGAUGUUAGCCGCUUUGAGAAGCGCCGCACGAUCACGAGAUACAGCCGAAGCGACUGUUGAAGCUCGCUCUCCCCUUUCACCGCCGCCGAAGCCUGCAGCGCAGGAGAAACGUACCGAAAUGCCCGUUAGCGUCAAGCUGGCGGAGCCUGAGAAGAGGCGAACGCGGGGUGAUGAUGAGAUGACCAGCCUUUUGGACGAAAUGCUGCAAGAUCGAGUUGAGAAAGGACAAGUUGUCAGGGGCAAGCGAGGAAGCGUACGCUUGGUAGGAGGGCAAAACAUGGACUCACUAGCAGAGCCUAACCUCGAGCCAUUACGACGAACUCCUACGCCAAACCCACCAGAGGAUCGCAAAGAUGGGCCAGCAGAGUCAUAG